CGCAGGGUCUGCAGCAGGCACAGAGUCCUGCGGCUACGGGCGGCGCAGGGGUGCAGCAGGCGGCAGGAGCGACACAAGGCGCGCUGGUGCCGCCGCAGCAACCUUCGCCGCGGGCCGCCUCUCCACAACAUAAGAACAUGGAGCUGGCACUCUGUCAAAGCAUGGAUUCGGUCAACACCGCCACCACAGAGGAAGAGGUGCGGACUUUGUUCGUGAGCGGACUACCAAUGGACGCAAAGCCGCGCGAAUUAUAUCUUCUGUUUCGAGCAUAUGAGGGUUACGAGGGUUCCCUCCUGAAGGUUACCAGUAAGAAUGGGAAAACCGCAUCGCCUGUCGGAUUUGUCACAUUCCACACCCGAGCAGGAGCAGAGGCAGCUAAACAAGACCUUCAGCAGGGCGUCCGAUUCGACCCCGACAUGCCGCAAACGAUUCGGCUGGAGUUCGCUAAAAGCAACACGAAGGUCAGCAAGCCGAAGCCGGCAGUUGCCACCGCCGCGCCAGCCACACACCCUGCAUUGAUGCACCCUCUCACUGGACACUUAACGAGUCCGUUCUUCCCUGGCGGAGGAGCCGAGUUGUGGCAUCACCCGCUGGCGUACGGCGGCGAGCUGCCGGCGCUGUCGCACGGGCUGGUGCACCCCGCCAUCCACCCACAGAUGGCGCCCGAGUACUUGCAGACCCCCCUGACGCUGGGCGCAUGCGUACUGCCGGCGCCGGCGCUGGGCUCGCCGGGCGCGGCCGUGCCGGGCCACGCGCCCGCGCCGCCCUCGCACCCCGCGCACCCCGCCCCUCCUUGCUCCACCCUCUUCGUCGCCAAUCUCGGACAGUUUGUCUCCGAGCAUGAGCUAAAGGAAAUAUUCAGCAGCUGCCCGGGGUACACGCGCCUGCGCAUGAUGGCCGGCGGCAACGCGGGCAGCACAGCGCCGGUCGCGUUCGUGGACUUCGCUAGCGCGGUCGACGCCGGCAACGCAAUGGCGCGGCUGCAGGGCGCCCUGCUGCUCAGCUCGGAAGGCGCCAUCCAUCUGGAAUACGCCAGGCAUAAGCUGGCACACAACGGCUGGAUUCUCGCACAUGAAGGAGCCAAAGGCGGAGAAGAGGCCGAACAGCAUUAGCUCGUUCGUGGCUCUCGGCACUUGACAACCAGCGAACUGAGGGACGCGCUAUCUUGAUCCUCGCAGUCGCAUCGGAAUAGGAACCGCGGGAGACGGGGCUUACUGCAACACCUACCUAUGUCAGCAUUACGGCUAAUUCGGAUCAAGAUUCCCCGGUCUACCUAUCACCGUAAAGUGUAGUACAAGCUCUGUCUCCUUUUAUUAUUUGUUAUGUUCCCCAUUUCUACAGCGUCAAGGGUGUGGUGUGGUGUACUCUAUGAUAAUACCAAAUAUAGUAAGAUUAUUGUAUUAUUAUUAACAUUCCAGGUUUAUUGUUUACCUUUCAUAAAUUAAUAUAAUUUGAAAUUAUUAUUCUCCAGUAAAUGUAAUUAUUUUUGUUUAAUAUUAUUCAUUUUUAUGUAAUAUAAGAUUUAUUUACAACUAACUUAUUGUUCGAAAAGGUUGUAUAUUUUUUUCAAUAAGACCGAUGUAUACAACUGAGAGGAUUUGUUAUGAUAUAGCGUAUAACCAGAAAUUAAACAUUUUAGGAUAAAUCUCAUUCGAAUAAGCUAAAAACCAAAGGUGCCCUUCAUAGAAACAUUACGUUUUGUUAAAUAAUAUUUCAAGUUGAAUGAUUUUAAUAAAGUUGUAUGUAAUUAUUACGAUACUUUUGUUUUAGCCUCGAUAAUGUUAGUGUAUUUAAAUAAAUUUCAUGACUAUUUCAAAUUAUAUUUACCUAAUACUUUCUUAGUAAUUUUAUAAUGUUCAAUCACUCGUUAAAGCGCUGGCACUCUAGUGUUGGUCUUACGAUCCUUUCUACCUGUAAAUGAAAUUAUUGCAAUAAAUGUUUAAAGAAAUACCGUGAGUUUGACGCGAAGGGCGGUCGCCCUCGGACGCUGAGUCUGAACUUUCACUCGUUCGCAUCGUGUUCCCCUCAGACCUUUUACAUUUCAAGCCCUUUCCUUUUUCUGUGUGUAUCCAUUCCUUUAUUUGAAACCUACUCUGAGAUUUCUUGUGCCUUGCAAAAUUACGAAGAAGGAAAUUAUUCGUGAUUCCAUUUUGGUUGGAACUCCUCCGGCUCUGUCCUCAUGUGCAAGCGAUGCGACAAUCGAGAGUUCAGUUUUGUUGCGAGAAUUUAGCCUUGGCCUUAUGAGAGUUAAAUAAUUAAAUGUAAUCAUUGUAUUAAUUAAUAGUAUUUAAUUACUUGGCGCCGUGCGCGCCUGCGCUGAAUAGUGAAACAAUUAUUCUACUAUCUGCAUGCUUUGACGAGCUUUUUGGUAAUAAUCUAAUUUAAACUUUAGUAGUUACUUUUAUUGUGUAAUCGUUAGGUCAAUAAUACUAGGUAAGGGUAUUUAUUGUAGAGAAUCAGCAUAGUUACAUUACUAUUUAAUGAAAAUUAUUCUUACAUAAUAAUGAAACGAUGUAAUGAAAUUUAAAUGACUAAAAUGUUAGGUUAAUCAAAAUGAAGAUUAAUAUAUUUUUAUUUUUAGCUAGUUGACUUUCGCAACCGAUCGACUACUUAGUUACCUUCACUGAUCGCGGUGACGAUUAAGUACACAUCAAUGCGAGAUAGCAAUAAACCAAAAAUGAAAUCUAAAUGUUAUUAUAGGUAUCUAGUGAUGUAUUCUGCUGAUGUAAACAUGUAAAAAUUAUACAAAAAAAGUAAAAAAAAAUAUCCCCGCUUAGGCUAUAAUGAUAAAUAAGGUUUUGGAUAUUCUUGGUUUAAAAUCUUGACGCGACAGAUCUAUGAGGCAUUCACGAGCUCGCGCCCCAGCGCAGAGGUUCCGCAUGUGAAUUCUUAUGAAAAUCUCUUAGUCAAUAUUUAAUAGAAAUUUCGUCAAUUUUUGACUUAGCAAAAUUUUAUACGUUGUUUAUAUUGUAACUUUCAGAAGUACCGAGCGUCGGGCGUAUAGACCAAAGAUAAUGGAUAUACAUAAUUUUAAUACUAACCUCAGACCGUACCAAACUUGUAUUUUGUAGGCAGUCUAGUACCGGACAUUAUCGUUUUGUAUGUUGGGAUUUGAUGUUCAUUGUCAGUUAUCGUGACACGUGGUUCCCAUUACCGCAGGGUUGAGACCGGUGCCCUAUUGUAUGUAGGGUUGGCACCUAGCUAAGGCAUCUAAGAGACUAUUUUUAUUGUUACCUAUCAUUGCUAUUUAUAAACAACUAUUUUAAAUUUACCUAUAAUUCAUAGAGGUUUAUUAAGUUUACAUCUCAAGAGAUUUGUUCAAUCUGUAGAUCUUAAUAUAUUGUUCACCAGAUAAAUAAUUAAUAUUAUCAGUAACGACAAGUCGUUUCAAAAUUGUCGGAUUCUCUUUUAGAUUCAUAAUUCAUUGUCUGUUUUAAUAAUUAAGCUAAGUCAAUGUUUACUUAUUUAAUUCGAUAUAAUGCUAAUUCGUAUGUAAGUAAUUGUGUAAUAAUGUAGUAGUGAUCUCCCAUACCUUCGGCGUGUAGCGUCCCUGAUCGUACUAAAAUACAACGAAAAGUUUAUUUUUCUUUUCUGUUGUCGCUUUACGGAUCAUUUGAUGGAUGUAUCGGAUGAAGUAAUUAAGCUCUCUUUAUAAAAGGUGGAUUAGAUGUUGUUCUAUUUUCUAACUUUACAUCCACCAAAUGAUUUUGGCAAUUUUGAUUUGUUCACGAUGUCGUCGUCCGCCAUCUUGUGCAAAUGUUCAAGACGGCGUUAGUUGCAAAAUGGCGGCCGGGACGCGCGAAUGUCGUAAGGGACGCUGACGCCGCCAUGAUUCCGUCCAACAACCGUAGAUAGCGAGUAAGAGACGUCCAGUGGCUGCGGACACGGCUACGUCACCUUUUGCGGGACUACUCGAUACAUAUCAUCGUGUAAUAUUAAUGUGUAAUUAGAAGUAAAGAGCGGUUUCAUAGAGACGUUUAUUCUGUAUUCUCGUCUACUACUUGUAAUGCAAUCGGCUAUGUCACGCGAUAUACAAAAUCGAUUUGAGUUGAUAUAACUCGCUUGCAAUUAAUUCUUUUGUCUCGAAUCCAUUUUCGCUUAACGUCCUCAUUUCGUAUAUGAAAACAUCCGACACGAAAUGCCCUAGAGCGAUAUUUUGUUAACGUUUACUGUGAAAUCGAGUAGAUGGUAUUCGGAUUGUGAAAGCAAGAGUCGAGAGUGUGACAUUGGCCCGCAUGUGAUAGGGUAGAGUAGGGGUGUAGCAUCGCCUUGCAAGUUAGGUUAAGUGAAGCGGUAUCACACAAACGCCGUGCAUCGGAAACAUAUCAAUUCUGUGCCCCUUAAUAAAUUUAGUUAAAUACUAUUCUAAGAGAUACAUAUGAAUAGAAUAAAGAGACAAAAUAAUCAUUUGGAGUAUCAAAUACAUACUAAGUGUUGUUUUCGUACGUUGAUGAAUAUCAAUUAGAUUGUGUUUUGAAAUGUGGAUCAUACGCAUAGUACCCGAGUAGUGUCGCGCAAGUUCCAUUUAUUUAACAUUGCUGUAGAUUUUUAAAUGUUAUUUUUACUGUUAUUAUAGAUUAAAUAAAUCAAUAUGGCUUAAUUACCAAAUUAAUUUUAACAGUUCGGUUGGAUUCAGUAUUAAUGUCGUUGUUUUAAUUUCUGUAAGGAGAUUCUAGCGCAUUGCUGACGACUUAUUUGUAUAUCGAGCAAAGUAAACCAUACAAAAUAUAUAGUUAGUAAUUAAUUGUUAGAUUUGUGUGACUUGGAUUAUUUAAUGCUUAUAGAGCAGAGGUAAAGUGUUAUUGUGGUUUAAGGAAAACAUAAUGACAUUGUAAAAAUAGUGAUAAAUUUAGCUUAAUUAUCAUUAUUACAACUUUUAUAGAUGUUCAUUGAUUUUCUUUUCUUACUUCGUGGAGUAAUGUGGCAUUGGAGACGUCAUUGUUAAUUCAAAUAAAUUGAGAUCAUCCUCAAUGGAAGUUUUUAUUCUUUGAUAACCCUAAUGUCUCGUAUUAAUGACUUUAUAAGUCUCCAAGUGAAAGUUAGAGGAUAGCAGACUCGAUAUCUGUUAUUUUAAUGUCAGCUUUGAGAUUCUGAAAUAUCGGAGUUCUGGCAAGAUAAAUGGUCACAAUCUGGUUCGAUGUUUCUCAACACAUGACAAAGUGUUUAUACUUACUGUCAAUAAUUGUAAUAUUCAAAAUUUAGUACUAAAAAUUUGUAGGUGUCUAGUUUAGGAUAACAGAAUAGAAAUAAAUGAUGAGUUGAGCUUUUAAACUUUGCUUUGUAGAUUAAUCUGCUUUUGUACGUGCCCUUGUAAAAUGAAUUACAUAAAUUAUUGUUGUUUGUAUGAUGUGGUCCAUACAUUCGUUUUACGAGGACGGCGUAAGGAAUUCAGUGAAGUUGCUAUGAGGUCUCCUAAUUUCAAUGAUAACUUAUUGCAGUGUUGUAUUUAUGUUAUUAUUAGUUUUAAAGCAUUAUAGGGUCCAAAGAUUGGGAAUAAACAUAUGUGACAAAUUAAA